AAUACACCAACUCUGCCGUUGCUGGGAAGUUUUUAGUUCGAGUUUUAACAAUCAGCUCAAAACGAGACAAUAGGAUUCAUUUAAUUCAUAACAAAUAAAAACGACUGGUCGCAGAUGUAGAAAUUAAGAUGAGAAUGACAGUUCCAUAAUAUCCUGGAACGGGAGGAGGAAACUUUGGCGAACUCUCUCUUUCUUCACCAAAACUUUUUCCAUAGUCCCUCCCCCUCCUCCUCCUCCUCCUCCAGCUGUGUCUCCACUCCGGACGGGUUGUCUCGGGGGCCAUGGCGCAGCUCUCUGUCCUACUCUCUGUAUACGUGGCGUUUCAUUUAGUCCUCCGAGCAUCCCUCCAUGUCGCCGCGGUGGGUCCGGCCGUGGGCAGCGCCAACCUCCUGGCUCUCCUUCAGCCAUAUGACCGCAUGUACUACAGCGGGGUCCGUGCGUACUUCGGCGAGGAGUGGGCGAAGGCUGCGGAGAUGCUGGAGAAAUCCAUCCUGACCAAGCAGUCGCUGCACAGGGUGCGCAGACAGUGCCAUGAGGAGUGUGAGGCAGCAGGGACACAGGGGCUGUCUAAACUGGACUCUGCGGAGGGGAGUCUGUGGGACCUCUGGACCUUGGAUUGGGUGCAGCAGAGGGCUGAGUGUUUGAGGUUUUGUGUCGGACGCUCUGUCAGCCCUGCAGGGCAGCUUCCGGUUUCCUCAGACAUAGAAUAUGAAUUCGGCACUCGCAACCCUUACAACUAUCUGCAGGUCACAUACUACAAGUUGGAAAAGUUGCAGAAGGCGGCGUCAGCAGCUCAUACGUACUUUGUGGCCAAUCCCAGUCACCUGGAGAUGAGGAACAACAUUGAGAAGUACAGGCGGAUGGAAGGAGUGACCGAAGAGGCCUUCCAGGACAGAGAGAUCGAGAACGAGAAGCACUGGGACCUUUAUGAUGCUGCAGUGCAGUAUGAGGCCUCCUCUGACUGGAGGCAAGCGUCAGAGAAAUGGAAGGCGUGUGUGAAUGAGACCCUGCGGCAGACGGAGGAGUGCAGGGUGCAGUGUGAGGUGGCCUCCCAGCUGCUGCCAGAGGACAGGGGAGUGGGCAGUGUGGACGGUGUGUUCCAGAAGGCUGCAGCUCUGUCUCUCUCCCUGCUCUCGUGCCGGCAGUUCUGUGUGACUCAGGUCGCCACACGACCCGGAAGGAUUUCUGCUCAGGAGGACUACCUGCCCACACAGCUGGAACAUCUGCAUAUUGCACAGUUUAAAGCUGGUGACAUUACUGGAGCCGUGCAGACACUGCGCUCUCUUCUCCUGUUUUACCCCACAGACAAGGACUCUUUAAACAACCUGCAGCUCUACUAUGAAACACUAGGAGGUGACACAGAGUCACCGCCUGCUCAGGAAAUUGUCCGAUACUUCAGUCGCUCUUUGCAGGAGAAGAAGCUCCUGUAUUUCGGGAUGGAGAACCUCGACCUCAGUUUUACCGACCCAGAUCUUUGGACUCCUGAGGAUGUUGUACCUGAAUCGCUGAGAGCGGCUUGGAGAGUUGAAAAAGAAAAAAUAAACGAGAAAAUAAAUAAGGGCGAUCAGGAGGAGGAAGUGGAUGACAGUGGCUUUUUCGCAGGUGGUCCGGUCCCUCGUAAGGGCGUGACCAUCACCAUGGAUGACCUGAUCUUGAACGGGACCAAUCGCGUAGCAUUAGACGGAGUGAUGACCGAGAAGGAGUGUGACCGAGUACUGCAGCUAGCAGCGGCUGCGGCAUCAGUUGGAGACGGCUACAGAGGACGACGGUCUCCUCACACACCGCAUGAGAUGUUUGAGGGCCUGACUGUGCUCAGGGCUUUAAAGCUGGCUCAGGAAGGCCUGGUCAACCAAUCAGAUGCCAGACUGUUACACGAGCUGGGCGAGCGAGCCAGAGACCUGCUGCAUUCCUACUUCAGGAGCCCCUCAGGACUCUUCGUGUCGUUCACACACCUGGUCUGCCGCAGUGCCAUCGCAGGGCACCAGGAGGGCAGAUUGGACCUGUCCCACCCCGUCCACGUCGACAACUGCCUCCUUGAGCCGGAGACCAAACAGUGCUGGAAGGAGCCGCCAGCGUUCAUACACAGAGACCUGAGUGCUAUUCUCUACCUGAACGACAACUUUGAUGGCGGAGAGCUGUUUUUCACGAACAGGGAUGCCAAGACAGUAACGGCUCAAGUCAAACCCAGCUGUGGUCGACUGGUGGGCUUCUCCUCAGGUCCAGUGAAUCCCCACGGUGUUACUGCGGUGACCAGUGGCCGGCGGUGCUCGCUCGCCCUGUGGUUUACAAAGGAGAAGCUCUACAGGGAUAUGGAGCGAGAGGAGGCAGAGGCCUUGUGGGCCGCCGACGGGCAGAGUGUGGUGAAGAAGGACGAGGAGGAGGCGAAGGGCGGCAGCACCACCGCCACCAGGAACGCUCGGAGCCAAGCCUCAAAUGAGAGGAGCCGGGGGAGAGGCAGGGUGACGGGGGCCAAAGACGAGCUGUGAGAGUCCGAACUAACCUGAAGAGACUAAAACUGGAACCCAUUCUCAUUUGCUGCCAUUCCAGUGGAAAAGACAUCAUCCCAUAACAGAACCAAAACACCCAAAACAUUUCAACUCAUCUGAUUUUUAACAUUCACUCUCUUCAUCUUGCUGCGAUUUUCAUGUGAAGCUGGAAUGUAUAUACUGUGUUUAUAUUGUAUAUGAUGAAGGUAAGGGAGGGAAACACGGCCCGUGUCUGAUAUCAGAAAAAUGAAGAGAAUAAAAGAGGAAAUGAACGUGA